UUGCUUAGUGGGAAUGGCCAUGGAAGGUUGAGUACACAGAGCAUGCUCCCUCUCCCAGUGUUUACUGUCAGACGCAAGGCAGCAAGCGUGUUUGUGUCGAAAGUGGGUAAUGGACGGUUUGUUGCCUGAAGGCAGACACCACAGGAAGCCAGAGAUCUGUGCAUGUUCCUUGACAUCCUUUUAAGGACCUCCAGGAUGUAUUUACGCUAAGGCUAACGCUUCUCUAAGUUUCAAGCUAUCAAGACAAAAAAAAAAAAAAAAAACGAAAUGGAUCUGAGAGCCAAGCACGGUUUGGCGCUGUUGGAACAGCUAAACCGAAUGCGGGAUGCUGAGCAGCUAACAGAUGUGGUUCUGAUCGCUGAGGGUGUUAGCUUCCCAUGCCACCGUGCGGUGCUUUCUGCCUUCAGUCCCUACUUCCGUGUAAUGUUCACCUGUGGCCUACGUGAGUGUACCAACCGUCAAGUGGUGUUAAGAGACAUGCCAGCCCAAAGCCUGGCCCUUCUGCUAGAAUACAUGUACAGCUCCAAACUUCCACUCACUGCAGCCAAUGUGCAGGGCAUCUCUGUUGCUGCUUUUCUUCUACAGAUGGAUGAUGUUUUCAGUCGUUGUCAGAUCUACAUGACUGACAACAUGGAUGCUUCCAAUUGCCUGGGAAUCUAUUAUUAUGCCCGGGAUCUAGGGGCAGAGGAGUUGGCCGACCAGGCUCAGCGCUAUCUGCGGCAGCACUUCACUGAAGUGUGCCUUGGGGAAGAGGUGCUGGAGUUGGAGGCACACCAGUUAGGGGUGUUACUGGGCUCAGAUGACCUUAAUAUUUCACGGGAAGAGAGCAUAUUGGAUGUGGUGAUGCGCUGGGUGAAGUACAGUCCAGGAGGUGUCGGGUCAACGGAAGAGAACCGGGCCAGGCACCUCCCAGAGCUCUUAAAGAAAGUACGUCUUCCACUGGUGGGUGUGGAUUACUUGAAGGGGACGAUGAAACGGAACACAGCACUUCUAGCUGAUGCUGAAUGUCUUCAGAUUAUGGAAGAGGCAAUUGAAACUGCAAGCUUGGAUUCAGAUGCUCCACCCCGCAGACUGAAGUUGCGCUACGGUAUGGAGACCACGGACCUCCUGCUCUGCAUUGGUAAUGAUGGUGGAGGGAUACGCUCACGUUAUGGAAGCUACACCGAGCGCAGCUUUUGUUAUGCUCCCAAUACUGGCCGAACUCUUUUUAUCACCUCCCCACGAUACGGUGAUGCGCUUGGAUAUGUCUAUGCUGGGAUGGUAACUGAGAGGAAUGAAAUUGUUGUGGCAGGAGAGCUGGGAGCCAGAAGGAUGGCGAGACAGAAAGACAGAAACGUCGAGAUUUUCAUGUACAACAAGGAAGCCCAAGGAUCCUGGAAACACUUGAGCUCGGCAGAGUAUCGUGACUCUUAUGCAUUGAGCUCUUUGGGAGACAACCUGUAUCUGAUUGGGGGUCAGAUGAAGUUGAAGAACCAGUUCCUCAUCACCAACAGUGUUGAGCGCUGGUCUCUACAGGGUGGGCCAUGGCGAAGUGCUGCCCCUCUGCCUAUGCCCCUCGCCUAUCACAGUGUAGUUCGGAUGAAGGGCCGCCUAUAUGUGCUUGGGGGACGAACACCACAGUCAUACCGCACAGAUGACGAGCCUGACCGCAUGAGUAAUCGCCUGCUUGAAUAUGACCCAGAGACCAACAAGUGGAGUGAACUUGGCCCUAUGAAGUAUUCAAAAUACCGUUGCAGUGCAGUCGCACUCAAUGGGGAAAUCUAUGUAUUAGGUGGGAUUGGGUGUGAAGGUGUGGAUCGCGGCCAGUCACGUCACUGUCUUAAUGUAGUAGAGAUCUACAACCCCGAUGGUGAUUUCUGGAGGGAUGGUCCUCCUUUACCAUGGUCUCUCCUAUCACUUCGCAGCAAUGCAUCAAAUGCUGGUGUUGUUGAUGGAAAACUUUAUGUCUGUGGAUACUACAAAGGAGCAGAUCGUCAUGAUAUCAUUACUAAAGACAUCCUGCAGUUGGAUCCCUGGGAAAAUGUAUGGACAGUGGUGGCAAAGCAGGCUCUGAUGCACGACAGUUACGAUGUAUGUUUGGUGGCAAAUCUGAACCCUCGUGGACUCAUGCCCCCUCCUGCUGACUUGGUAGAGGAAUGACAACAAUCUCUCCAAAAAAAAAUGAUUUCUCAUGAAAAAUUAUGCAAUUUACAUUAUUCACAUGACAGAAGAGGAAUUUCCAGAAAUAUGUAGAUAUAGGGAGUAUGGCUUUCAUAAAUAGAUAUGUAUUCUUACUUCAAACUAUUUUGUGCUUUAGUGAUUUUUUUUGUUUUGUUGUUGACAUUUUUGGAUUUCAGAUAUUACCAAUAGUUGACGUAUUAAGAUUAAGUAUGUAUAAAGUAAGUAUUAUGUAUUAAGAUAUGUGUCAAAGGAAAUGAGAAACUCACAUAAUUUAGAGCUCAAAUAAAGUAACACUCCGAGAAACUGAGUUAAAAUAUGAUUUUACUUCACUAACAUAGUAAAAAUGUAUAGCAUGGAAUCGCACAAUACAGUAUGCACUGUAACUUUAAGCAGUCGAUGCAAUUUAUUAGACAUAUAAUUAUCUGUCCAACUUACCACACUAAAUCUGUAUCAUGUUCCAAAUGCAAACAAAAUUUAAUAUAUUUGUAAAUGAUUAUGUACCUUUUGAUGUUACACUGAGGUUGUCUAAAAUAUUUGCAAGGCCAAAACAAAUUAUUCAUAAACUUCUGGAAUAUGAUUUGUGAAAAAGAACAUGACAUGUCUGAAUUACAGAAUGUGCUAGAAUGUUAUUGCUUUAGAGUCAUAUAGUACAAGUAAACUAGAACAAUGCUUUUAGAGGCAGUAAAUUCUGCCAAACUGUCUUUGAGUUCUUAUACCAUCCAUAUGUUCAAA